AUGGUCGCUUCCUCCAUUGGCGUUCUCCUCGCAGCCGUCCUGCUGGGCGGCACGUCGACCAUCGUCACUGCUGCCCCGGUCGAGCUCGAGCUCAACGUUACGGCCCUGACCCCAGGCAUCAUCGAUUCGGACUGGACCGCCGCCUAUUACCCAAAAUCCGGGGCCGCGCCACUGCUGCUUGCCAACGACGCAGGUACCGCCACGGGUGGGUUCCGCGUUUUUGGUCUUGAUGGCGCCCCGACGUUAAGCCAGGCUGGACACGUCAUCGCCGGCAGGACCAAGCUAGUCGCCCCUUUGUAUAAUGCCAGCGGGGCUGGGGACGAUUUCCUCGUCACGAUAGCGACAACCGACUCUGUCGUUCGCCUGUAUUCGCUCCCAGACUUGGCCGUGGUCCCGAUUGCUGAGCCUCUAGUCACCCUGGGCGACUGGAACGCGGUUUGCUCGUGGGGUAGUUAUUUCUUCCUGUUUGGCAAGGGCGGUCGUGCGUUUCAAUACCUCGUCCGCCCGGCGGACGGCGGCAGCUUCGAGGUCCUCGAGGUCCGCGCCCUGCCCGCUCCGGUCGUCUUUGUAGGCUGCGCAGUCUCGCCUCGCGAUGCGAAGCUCUACCUGACCGAAGACGUCGAUCAGGACGUCUAUGUCAUGGACGUCGGCGAUAUGGCCGGCCAGCCUACGCUAAAAAAGGUCAAGGGUGUCAAGGACGCCACUGGUAUUGCUUUGUACUCGUCGGGCGACCAGGAAUACGUCUUUGUGGCACAAGAGUCUCAACUCUCCGUGUAUGGUCCCGAUUGGACCCUCCUCGGCACUGUCCAGCUGGCAGGCCUAGACGACAUUGAAAUCCAAGGCUUGAGCAUCUACCAAGCCCAGACGUCCACGUACCCGUCCGGCGCCAUCACCUUUGCCAUUGAAGCCGACGCCACCGAAGGCUUCGGCACCACAUCACUGCAGCCCAUCCUCGACGCGCUGUCCAUCCCACCAAACACCGCCUACACCCCGCGCAGCGAACCCACUGGCCCGCGCACCUGUGCUCGUUGCUCCGACAACGGCUUCUGCCCGACAGUCGGCUGUCCCAAAACCUGCACAUCCUGCCUGCUCGGCUUCUCGGGUCCGACCUGCUCAACCCCACGUUGCGAGGCCGACUGCUCCGGACGCGGGACAUGCGUCGGCCCGAACAAGUGCGCGUGCGACGCUGGCUGGGGAGGCCUGCAUUGCUCGUUCGUACUGGUCGAGGCUGAUCGCGAGACGGAUGCAGCUGGCGGCGACGGUGACGAUCCGGCGGUUUGGAUCUCGCCGGUCAGCAAGGAGCUCUCGCGCGUCAUCACGACUGUCAAGUCUGAGGCAGGUGCCGGGUUGAACGUGUUUGACCUAGAGGGUAAACUUGUGCAGCAAUUUACAGCCGGGCAGCCCAACAAUGUCGACGUCAUAUAUGGGUUCAAGGCUGGCGACAGGGUUGUCGAUCUGGCUUUUGCCGGGUGCAGGAGUGAUGAGACCUUGUGUCUCUUUGAAAUAACCUCCAACGGCACCAUAACCACCAUUCCAGGCGGCAUCCAGCCCCUCCCCAAGGGCUACAAGGUGUACGGGUCUUGCGUCUACCGGUCCCCCAAAUCCAACCGGCAGUAUCUGUUUGUCAACUCCAAAAAGGCACGGUACCUACAGUACGAACUUACUUCCACCGAGUCCGGCACGCUGCAGACGACGCUGGUACGUGAUUUCACCGGCGGCUCGGGCGGACAGGUCGAGGGCUGCGUUGUCGACGAUCGUAACAGUUGGUUGUUCCUGGGUGAGGAGCCGCGCGCUCUGUGGCGGUACGGCGCCGAGCCCGACGAUGGCACCGAGGGGCUGGAGAUUGCUGUCUUCGGUGAUGGCAAGCUCAACGCCGAGGUGGAGGGCGUGACGCUGGUCGAGGGCAAAACUCCCCAAGAGGGUUACAUCUUGGUGUCAAACCAGGGCGUCAGCUCGUAUGCCGUCUACCGCCGAGCCGAGCCGCACGAAUACGUGGCUACUUUUUCCAUUGUAGCAUCAGCAGAUGGAAAGAUCGAUGCCGUUUCAAACACUGAUGGCAUCACUGCGGUGGCAACUGGACUGGGGCCCAACUUCCCUCAUGGUUUAGUCGUCGUGCACGAUGAUGCCAAUCAGCUGCCUGAAGGAGGUACCAGCACUGAAGCCAGUUUCAAGAUGAUUAGUUUGGAGAAGAUCUUUGGAGGGCCUCUGAAGGAGCUCAACUUGCUCGAUCAUGUCGACGCAAACUGGGAUCCCCGCGCGUAA